GAGGUGCUCCGGGACAGGGGGAAGCUGGAGACCGUCCCUGAGUGCCAGUUGGGCCCAGGGGAGAUUUUCUACCUGCGCGCAGGCCAGCGAUCUCCCGUGGACGCCCGCAUUCUGGUGCACACCAAGGGCGCCGCCGUGGACCUCCAGCAGCUGACGGGGGAGCCCGGCGACGUGCGCACGUGCACCGCCGAGGCGAACGCGAUACACGCGUCGGACUCGGGGAAUGUGGUCUUGAAGGACAGCGUGCUCCUGCGGGGCGAGCUCUUCUGCAUGGCGGUGCGCUCGAGGUUUAACGCGCUGGUGCCGAGCUGCUCGUCCAAGGGCGACGGCGACAGGGAC